GAAACUAGUGUUAGUUUACUGAAUCUGGAAAUGAAAAUAUAGAAAAGGGUAAAACUCAGAGAAGAAGAAACAACAUAUAUGUUUGAUAUCUAAAAUAUAUAUGGACGUCGUAUGAGGUAAAGUCAGAACAGAUAUCACAGAUUUCAACGCCAGAAGAAUUGAGUCAUACAGCACGGAUAAAGGUUCAAUAAUGGACUCAGAAGACCGAACAGAAAGGAUUGUUGAUAUCUACGUCAGUGCAGAGGCUGUAAGAGACAUGAAACAUAAGAAAGAGACAGAAGACUUCAACACAGAAGAACCCCGAACACCUCGACACACAGGAAGUGAUGGUGUGAUGAUCAGAAGCUCCAGAGCAGCUGCAGUAGUGUUUGUGCUGCUGUGUGUUCUUCUGCUGACUGCAGUCAUAGUGUUGUGUUUCACCUUCAUUCAAGAGAGACAACAGCUGAAGACUAAGAUCAGCAACAUCACUCAAGAGAGAGACCAGCUACUAACCAACAAUAUGAACCUCAUUCAAGAGAGACAACAGCUGCUGACUAAGAUCACCAACAUCACUCAAGAGAGAGACCAGCUGAAGAUCAUCAACCUCACAGAAGAGAGAGACCAGCUGAAAUCAGAAAUAAAUGAUCUUCAGAAGUUUGCAGAUGGAUUGAAGUGUAAUCAAUCCAGUCUUUACUUCUUUUCCUCUGAGACGAAGAGCUGGAAUGAGAGCAGAAGAUACUGUAGAGAGAGAAAAGCAGAUCUGAUCAUCAUCAACAACAAAGAGGAACAAGAUUUUGUGAAGAAUAUUUGUGGUUCUGAUCAUUUCUGGAUUGGUUUGACUGAUGUUGAAGAGGAGGGCAGAUGGAAAUGGGUUGAUGGCAGCACACUGACCUCUGGGUUCUGGAAGUCUGGAGAACCAAACAAUCAGGGAAACGAAGACUGUGCUAACACUCGUUCAUCAGGAUGGUUUGAUACUCAAUGUAAUAAUACGGUUAAAUGGAUCUGUGAAAAGAGUAUCAUUAAAUGAUACAUUAUAAUAAAAAUGUACAUAUAUGCAUUAUGAAAAAAUAAAUGUCAGUAAUUUAACUUUUUUAUGGCACAUUAAUUAGGUUAUUCUGUAAAAACAAAUAAAAAAUAAAUAGAAAAAAAAACAUUAUAAUACUAAAAUUUUCAUAUAAAACUUUUUAAAAUCAUUUUGUUUUGAAUUUUUAGAUCAAACAGCGAUGUUUAAACAACAGCGAUGUUUCUACAGACUGAAAUAAAAUCAGUAAUACACUGAUAUAAUAGAAAUAUUCAUAAAAACAGCAUUGAUCCAAUAUUGUUAACCAAAAUGAUCUUGAUUUUAGGAGUA